CAAAUCCUUCUUCACCUUCACAAUUAGAAAAAAAAAAAAACAAAAAAUGGGCGUUUCUCGUUCUCAAAAGCCUCAUGUUGUUUGUGUGCCAUUCCCAGCACAAGGCCACGUGAACCCUUUUAUGCAACUAAGCAAACUCCUUCUUUGCACCGGUUUCCACAUAACCUUUGUGAACACCGAGUUCAACCACAAGCGUUUGGUGAAGUCUCUUGGACAAGAAUUUGUCAAGGGACAACCUCAUUUUCGAUUUGAGACCAUACCAGAUGGGUUGCCUCCAUCUGACAAAGAUGCAACACAAAGCAUUGCAGCAUUGUGUGAUGCAACUAGAAAACAUUGUUAUGAGCCACUCAAAGAGCUUGUGAAGAAGCUCAAUGCUUCACAUGAAGUGCCUUUGGUUACCUCUAUCAUCUAUGAUGGGCUAAUGGGCUUUGCAGGGAAAGUGGCAAGGGAUUUGGACAUUUCUGAACAACAAUUUUGGACAGCCUCAGCUUGUGGUUUAAUGGGAUACUUGCAAUUUGAUGAGCUUGUCGAAAGAGGCAUUAUUCCCUUCCAAGAUGAAAGUUUCACUACUGAUGGGUCAUUGGAUACAAAUCUAGACUGGAUAUCUGGAAUGAAAAAUAUGCGAAUCAGAGAUUGUCCAAGUUUCGUGAGAACUACCACUCUAGAUGAAACCAGUUUUAUUUGCUUUGGUAUAGAAGCAAAAACCUGCAUGAAAUCAUCUUCAAUCAUAAUUAACACCAUCCAAGAAUUGGAAAGUGAAGUUCUCAAUGCCCUUAUGGCUCAGAACCCAAAUAUAUAUAACAUUGGUCCACUUCAAUUGUUAGGAAGGCAUUUUCCUGAUAAAGACAAGGGCUUCAAGGUGAGUGGGUCAAAUCUUUGGAAAAAUGACUCAAAAUGUAUCCAAUGGCUAGACCAAUGGGAACCUUCCUCAGUCAUAUAUGUGAAUUAUGGAAGUAUUACUGUGAUGUCCGAGGAUCAUUUGAAAGAAUUUGCUUGGGGACUAGCAAAUAGCAAUUUACCAUUUUUGUGGAUAAAAAGGCCAGAUUUGGUAAUGGGUGAGUCCACACAAUUGCCACAAGACUUCUUAGAUGAGGUUAAAGAUAGAGGAUACAUAACAAGUUGGUGCCCCCAAGAGCAAGUGCUGUCUCAUCCAUCAGUUGGGGUUUUCCUAACUCAUUGUGGCUGGAAUUCUACACUAGAAGGUAUAAGUGGGGGUGUCCCUAUGAUAGGUUGGCCUUUCUUUGCUGAACAACAAACAAAUUGCAGGUACAUAUGCACAACUUGGGGGAUAGGAAUGGAUAUUAAAGAUGAUGUAAAAAGGGAGGAGGUGACAACACUUGUGAAAGAAAUGAUAACCGGAGAAAGGGGGAAGGAAAUGAGACAAAAGUGUCUGGAGUGGAAAAAGAAAGCAAUAGAAGCCACUGAUAUGGGAGGAUCAUCAUAUAAUGAUUUCCAUCGAUUAGUGAAGGAGGUUCUUCACAAUGAUGUUGUUUGAGUCUUUCAAUAUAUUGGGGGUCCGAAGGUAGGGUAUUAGGUGUUUCAAUAUUGGAGAUCCUAGUGUUGGGCUGGGCUAUCAAACAAAAUAUUAUGAAGAAACUAGCAUGACUUGAUGGCUGAAAAUCAAGUCUAUUAAAUAAAGAUUUGUGUGGAUGUAAUUCAUCAUAUAUUGUAUUGAUUUGAAGUGUAUGUCGGUUUACAAUAUACAUGUAAACUUUCAAUUCGAUGUAAUUGAGGUUAAAUUAUAAUUUUGAUCCUCUAAUUUAAAAAAUUCAUGAA